UCUGCGCACUGGGCGCCAGAUGUGCAGCCCUCUGAGCGGCGGUCGAAGGCGGGUCUCCAUCAAACAUGGCAGCCCUCUGAUUGGCUGGGUGGCGGUAGAGGGUUGGUCUACACGAAACAUGGCUUCCCUGUCUACUGGAGAGCCUCAAGAAAUGGAAGUGGAUCGGCGUGGCGAGUCUGAAGAGUCAGGAGAUGAAGAAACUCGGAGGAAGAGUAUCAAUGGCGAGCAGGACACCACUCAGCCAUCUACCUCAAAGGAGUCCCCAGUUGAUAUGGAGACGAUAACCCUGGACCCUGAUGAAGAAGAUGUUGAUCUCGUUCACUGUCGCAUUGGGAAGAUCGAAGGAUUGGAGGUGUUACAGAAGGCCAAAACCCUCUCCCUACGCCAGAAUCUCAUCAAAAAAAUAGAAAAUCUAGAUGGCCUAAGAUCACUGCAGGAAUUGGACGUCUACGACAAUCAGAUACGCAAGCUGGAGAACCUCCAGAAUCUCACAGAACUAGAGCAGCUUGACGUUUCCUUUAACGUUUUGAGGAAGAUUGAGGGGCUGGAGCGGCUGACCAGAAUAAAGAAGCUGUUCCUGCUUCACAACAAAAUAAGCACCAUCGCCAACCUGAACCACCUAACCAGUCUGGAGAUGCUGGAGCUUGGCUCCAACCGGAUCCGGAUGAUCGAAAACUUGGACAGCCUGGCCUCUCUGCAGAGCCUGUUCCUGGGAACCAAUAAGAUCACACAGCUACAGCACCUGGAGGGCUUACAUAAUCUCACAGUUCUCAGCAUUCAGAGUAAUCGCAUCACUAAGAUGGAGGGCCUGCAGGGCCUCUGCAACUUGAGGGAGCUUUACCUGAGCCACAACGGCAUCGAACUCAUAGAGGGGCUGGAGAACAAUAAAAAGUUAACGACUUUGGACAUCGCGGCCAAUCGAGUGAAGAAAAUAGAAAAUAUCAGCCACCUGACGGAACUACAAGAAUUCUGGAUGAACGACAACCAGAUAGAGAACUGGUCCGACCUGGACGAGUUGAAAAACGCCAAGACCCUGGAGACAGUGUAUCUGGAGAGGAACCCGCUGCAAAAGGACCCCCAGUACCGACGGAAGAUCAUGCUGGCACUGCCCAGCGUGCGGCAGAUCGACGCCACCUUCAUCCGCUUCUGAGCCGCGGCCUCGCGGAUCCUCCCGCCAUGAGCACUCCCCCCCCCCGCCCCCAUCUCUUUUUCCGAAAUACCAGACCUCACGUUCCAAAACCUGCCUCAUAGACAUCAAACCACACGCACACAA